AAGUUGGAUGAAAGACUUUACGUCUGUGAAACAAUAACUAACACCCGUGUGCAUCUUCAUUCAUCGGAUUCUGCUUGGCACGCCUCAAACCUCGGCAGUAAUUACAGGGCUUGGUCAGAGAUGCAUGGCCGAUAUGUUCACUCCUAUGGCUUCUUGAUCUACCUGAUGUUGAAUGGAGUCUGGCAGACAAGGUCGAAAUCAGAUGUGUCUGGGUCAGAGGCUUUCAAAAACAACAUCACACUUUUCACAAGGAUCCUGGACAGACUGUUGGAUGGGUAUGAUAACAGGCUGAGACCAGGUCUCGGAGAUCAAGUGACUGAGGUAAAGACUGACAUUUACGUGACCAGUUUUGGGCCAGUAUCGGAUGCAGACAUGGAGUACACUGUGGAUGUGUUCUUCCGCCAACGCUGGACAGAUGAGCGGCUGAAGUUCCAUGGGCCAAUGAAUAUCCUACGUCUAAAUAAUCUGAUGGCCAGUAAGAUCUGGACCCCUGACACCUUCUUCCACAAUGGCAAGAAGUCUGUGGCUCACAACAUGACCAUGCCAAACAAAUUACUGCGGAUCAUGGAGAAUGGGACACUGCUUUACACCAUGAGGCUGACAGUGCAGGCAGAAUGUCCAAUGCAUCUGGAGGACUUUCCUAUGGACUCUCACUCAUGUCCACUGAAGUUUGGCAGCUAUGCAUAUACGUUGACAGAGGUGACUUAUGUUUGGACACGAAAUGCCAAGCUUUCAGUGGAGGUGGCUCCAGACGGAUCAAGGUUGAACCAGUAUGACUUGAGGGGCCAAACUGUUGACAAAGAAACUAUUAAAUCCAGCACUGGGGAAUAUACAGUGAUGACAGUUUAUUUCCAUCUAAAGAGGAAGAUUGGGUACUUUGUGAUCCAAACUUACUUGCCCUGCAUUAUGACUGUCAUUCUGUCCCAGGUCUCCUUCUGGCUUAACCGUGAAUCAGUACCUGCUCGAACGGUUUUUGGUGUGACUACUGUGCUUACUAUGACCACUCUGAGUAUCAGUGCUCGUAACUCAUUGCCCAAAGUGGCUUAUGCCACUGCAAUGGACUGGUUCAUUGCUGUGUGCUAUGCCUUUGUCUUCUCUGCCCUUAUUGAAUUUGCAACGGUCAACUACUUCACCAAACGGGGCUGGGCCUGGGAUGGCAAGAGUAUUCUAAAUGACAAGAAAAAAGAGGGCUCUAUUGUGAAGAAGAACAACGCUUAUGCAGUCGCUGUGGCAAACUAUGCUCCCCACAUUGCAAAGGAUUUAGCUUUGCCCACUGUUUCCAAGAGUGCUCCAGCAGAGACCACUAAAGCUCAGCCCGUGAUUAAAGAGAGCAAGAAGACAUUUAACAGUGUGAGCAAGAUCGACCGAAUGUCCCGCAUCAUCUUCCCUGUGCUUUUUGGAAGCUUCAACCUGGUCUACUGGGCUACAUAUCUCAACAGAGAGCCUGUCAUUAAGAACAUGGUUCCCUCUCACUGACUAGUCCAUUAAAUAUGAAUAUGCACAUUAC